AUGGCUGCUCAUGACAUGGUUGUUGCAGGAGUACGUAGACGGAUUGGGGAUGGUCAAACAACAUUGAUUUUGGGAUACCCGUGGUUGCCAGAUGAUCCUAGUCCUCUCAUUCAAACUGAAAUGCCUGAGGAACUAAGACAUGCGAAAGUGGCAGGCUUAAUUGAUGAGCAGACUAAUAUGUGGGAUCCAUAUAUAUUAUCUGAUUUAUUUAUUCCUGAGGAUGUCAAUCGUAUACUCAGGAUUCCUGUAAGCCCUGGUUAUGGUGACUCGUGGUAUUGGCUUGGGGACCCAAAUGGAAUUUAUUCAGUGAAGAAUGCCUACAGAAAUAUUAUGGGCCUACCUAUCACAAAUAUUAUUACCGAUUCUUUCCCCGCCUGGCUAACAGCUGCGCUUGCAAUUUUGACAGAGGAACAGAGUGGUACCUUGGUGGCGGUUCUUUAUCACUUAUGGCAGAGUCGCAACUCAGCCGUGUGGGAUAAAUCUUUACCUCAUCCCGCCGGCCUGUGGAGGAGAGCAUCCGCGGCAAUGGGUUCAUACCGCCACGCCAAUCACCGUCCCGCGCUGCCGGCACCGCACGGACCGGAGCAUGCCCAUCACGCCAGGCCACGGUGCUUUGUAGACGCAAGCUUCCGUCACGCUACGGGGGAGGCGUCCUAUGGAGUGGUCCUACUCUCGCCGGAUGGAUCGUUCAUAGCGGCGCGAAACAGAAUUCUACCAAUUUGCUUCUCACCUUUUAUGGCGGAGGCCAUGGCUUGUAAGGAGGCUCUAUCAUGUCUGAUCGAAAGGAAUACGGUUGAUGUGGAUCUACUCACGGAUUGUUUGCAACUACGGAAUGUUGUGCGCCAGGGGUCAACAACUGUUAUGUCAUAUGCUGGACUCGCAGUCGACCAUUGUAGGUCGCUGAUGGCUUCAUUUACUUAUUGUUCGUUAAGUUAUGUUUCUAGGCAGUUUAAUUUACAUGCACAUGCUUUAGCUUCGUUAGCUAUUACUCAGGAUCAGGUUAUGACGUGGGAUUUAAUCCCACCUGACUCUAUUGCAGCUUUGCUUCAUUAA